AAACAAACUUACAUUUUAUAUAAGUUGGAAGUUGAGGAAAGGUUUUCAAUUAAUUGCUUUAUAAAAAUGGAUACUUCCGUAGAUGUUGACAAUAUUUUAAAAGAUUUAACCACUGGAAACUUAUCUGCUGACGAAUGCUUCUGUAUGAUUCUGUCUUUGAUAGGAUACGAUGCAGCAAAACUACAUUUUGUAGAGCAUAUAGAAACUGUUAGAAAAACGCACCCAAAGUUGCAUACCCAAUUGUAUAAUGUUUACCGCGGCUAUUACGAAAGCAUAGACGAUAAUUUCAACCUUCCAGAUAAGUUGGAUUGCUCAGUGGAAAAUGGCUUUUAUGCCACGGAUAGCAAUGAUGGCCAAGACACUGGUUAUGAUCUUGAUUUAGAAUUAGCUCUGAAACUCUCUUUAGAAACUGCCAACAAUGACGUCGACAAUCCUUCAUAUGCAAGCAUGUUAAUGCCUUCUCGUACUAAAGAUGAUUCAGUUGAAAAUGUUAAUGUCAAUAGUGAAAAAGAUAAAGUAAAAAUAAUGACAUUUUCAUUUAAUGACUACAAUAGUUCUAUUAAACAAGGAGAGAUUAGUCCUUUAGAUCAAAGUUUAUUGUCACCAAGCCAAGCUGAUGAAGCAGGAAAAAGUAAGAAGAAGAAAAACAAAAAGAAAAACAGAGUUGACAGACCAUUGUCUAACCCACCAGUUGUUUAUUGGUUUAGGAGAGACCUCAGACUACAUGAUAAUCCAGCAUUAGUUCAGGCUGCCCAGUUAGGUGCACCUGUUCUUCCAAUAUUUCUUUGGUCUGACAUGGAAGAAGGACCUUCCAAAGCUCUUGCUAAUGGUGGAGCUACUAAAUAUUGGCUUCACAUGGCAUUACCAACUCUGAACAGAGAUAUGAUAAAUCAUUACAAUAACCCCAUCAUCUUUAGAAAGUCUACUAAUUAUUCUUCAGACAUAUUUGAUAUCAUAAAACAGUCAGGGGCACAAACACUUGUGAUGAAUGAUGUAUAUGAACCCUAUUUGAAAGAGAGAGAUGACAAGAUAUGCAAAGCUUUGAAAAGUAAAGGAAUAAAGUGUGAAAGAUUUCAUUCGUAUCUUUUGCACCAGCCAGGUGCUAUAAAAACAGAGGCUUUAUGUAUGCGAGGUAUGGGGUCUGUAACUCAUUUCAUGGAGUGCUGUAGACAGUCUGACCCUGAGCCUUUGGGUAUACCUGUGGAUCCACCUAAUAUUUUACCAGUUGCUUCUUACCGACCAGAAUGUAUUCCUGUCUCAGAACUUGGCCUUGGAAAGUUGCCAAAGAGAAAAGAUGGGACGGAGAUUGAUUGGGCAAAAGUGAUUAGGGAAAGUUGGGAUUUCUCUGAAGAUGGGGCAUGGGAAGCUCUACAACUUUUCUUAACUGAAGGAAUACAAAACUAUGAAAAAGAGUCAUCUAGAGGUGAUAAGCUGAAUACAUGUAGGAUAUCACCAUACCUUCAUUUUGGUCAGAUCAGUCCUAGAACUGUGUUGAAUGAGGGGCGAUACUUAAAGUCACCAAAGUUUCUACGCAAGUUGGCAUGGAGGGAUCUUUCAUAUUGGUUAUUAUCAGUAUUUCCAGAUCUUCCUCAUGCACCAACAAGACCUCAAUACCAGUAUCAGAGAUGGAGUAACAACAAGGUCCACCUUAAGGCGUGGCAGAAAGGAAAUACAGGUUAUCCAUUGGUUGAUGCAUCAAUGAGACAGUUAUGGUUGACAGGUUGGAUGAACAAUUAUAUGAGACAUGUAGUUGCUUCAUUUCUGUUAUCAUAUCUCCAUAUCACGUGGGUUGAGGGAUAUCUGUGGUUUCAGGAUACCCUGUUAGAUGCAGAUGUUGCUAUCAAUGCCAUGAUGUGGCAGAAUGGUGGAAUGAGUGGGCUUGACCAGUGGAACUUUGUAAUGCAUCCUGUUGAUGCAGCCAUGACUUGUGACCCUAAGGGUGAUUAUGUCAGAAAAUGGAUUCCUGAACUUGCAAAGAUGCCUGAAGAAUUCAUACAUAAACCAUGGAAAUGUCCACCAUCUAUUUUACGUAGAGCAGGAGUUCAGCUAGGAGUUACAUACCCACACAGAAUUAUAACAGAUUUGGAAGAGGCUAGGGAACAGUCUCUAAGAGAUGUUGUUGAUGUUCGACAAAAGUUUGAAGAAUUGAUUGAUCCACGGACAGGAAAUGACCUUGUUAAGCUCCCUAAUGGGGUCAUCAUCCCAGUAAUCACAAGAAAGGAGUUCAAGUAUAAAACUAGAAAUCCAGAAACCAGAGAUAACCCACACAAUGCUGUACUCAGAGGCUACAGAAGUAGAAAAAGGGAUGAACUUGUUGAAUACUUGAAUGAGAGAGAUUUCAUGGCAAGUACGAUGAAAGAAUGUUCAAUGAGACAUGAACGUGGGCAAAAGUCCCCACAAGCAUUUGUGUUAAAAUGAUGAUACCUGUCUAAAACUUUUAGUUGGUUUUUAAGUUAAAAUCAGGGUUAUAUAUUUAUUUGAUAUUACAGAGAGGGGUGCAAUAGUUAAGCAAGUGAGUUCAUGUUCAUAUAUAUAUAUAUUUAUACUAACUACCUCCUACCUUUCUGGCUAUUUAUCUCAGAAGUGGAGUCAGUCAAAACAUAUAACUGUACAAUAAUUUUCAUUGUGUAAAGUGAUGAUACAAAAAAGUUUAUAUUUGUGAAUGUAAUUAGAAACAUGUGAUAUUUAAUUGACAUUUGUUUUUAAUUGAUUAUAAUUUUGCUUUUAAAAUAGAACACAUUUCAUUUUAUUGUAAAGCAGGGUCUUGUUAAUAAACCCACGUGUGUUUCAUAAUUAUGCUUUAUUUAGCCAAUACAUGAGUGUGUUAGUUACUUACCCAUAUUUUAGACAGUUUUACAAAAUGUACAUGUAUAUUCAAUUAUGGAAUUUAUAUAUUUUUAAACCACCUACCUCACAUUUUAUCAUAGUCAUCAAUUUUUUAUGUACUGCAGUGCUUGCUUUGAUUGUUCACAUUUAUUUAUUGCUUGCUUUAAUAUUUUAUCUUUUAUUUACUGAUGUGUCAUGAAAUGAUCAGAGUACAAAUUAAAGAUAUUACAAGUUCCUGCAGUUUUACAAUGCAUCAAUUUUUUGUUUGUUGGUCCUCAUGCAGUCAGCAUUACAUGCCAACUCAUUAAACUGUCAAUUAUAAAGAGAUUAUCAUCAAAGCAAAUAUGUUUAUUAAAGUGAGACAAUUUGAGCAAUCAAGCACAAAAUCCAUAGUUAAUUGUGCAAGGGUACCUUUACUCAGGGGUUAUAAUACUUAGUUGCUGCUCGCCAUCAUCCGAUAAUGGCUCGAAAAUGAUCAUUAUGAACUGAGGGCAGUAGGUUAUAGUAAUAACAAAUAA